GUGUGUGUUUGUGUCACGGCCCAAGCCGCCCGUAGUCCAGCAGCUGCCCGAGAGCGUUCGGAGCGGAGGCUGUCGUGGAUGCGCGAGCCGCCCGCGGGGGCCACAGAGAUGGGCUCGGCGGCGGUGGACUCGUCGCAGUGGCUUUCCGUCAAGGAGGAGACCAUUUUCCUGCACGAUGGGCUCAUACGAGUCACGGACUUGGCCGAGCUGCCCAGCGAGAUCGGGGCGUCGGAGCCGGGGGACGCCGAGCAGGAGAUACUGACCUUCGAGACAAAGAACCCGACUGAACUUGCGGAGCGGCUUCGGGCGGUCUGCGGCAACCAGAGCAACGCCUACGCCCGUCUGCUGGAGUAUCGCCUCAAUGCCUUGCGCGGCCUGUGGAACGCUCAGCGCCAGCUCGCCUUGGAGGAGCAGCAGGAACGGGAGAGCUCGGGCGACGAGGAGACUCUGGCCUUGCUGAAGCGACAGGGCCUCUUGCAGCAGCCUGAGCAGGCGCCCUUUACCUCGCGCAUGGGGCUUCUGCUCAUCUUCCCCCUCAUUCAGUCGCAAUCCAGGACGGACCCCUCUCUGUGUAACAUCACCGCAGAGGUGUUGCUGAGCUGCCUCCGCGACUGUCAGCCGCUAAGCCUUACUAAAGAGCCAACAGACUGCCUCAAUGGCCUCGAGAGCUUGCUUUGCUCGUGGCUGGAGGACCCCAAUAGGUCUGGACUGCAGAUUCCUCUGAAGCAUAAAGAAAAUUCGGCGGCAGCCCUGGUGGCACUGGCCUGUGCAAGAGGAUCGCUGAAGACAUUAAUCCACACCGUUCAUCUCCUUCAGAAGCAGACGGACCUGGGGUAUUUACCUGUCGCAGACGUGCUUUACAGGCUGCUGCUGUUGGAAGGGGGGCCCGGCUCACCAUCAUGCCUGCUUGGUGGAAAACAUGUGGUGUCUUGGGGGUUUGAGGAUAUGCUGUCUACACCCGACAACAGCAGUUCUGGAAGUGAAAGCAAAGAUGCCGAUUUAGGCCGUUGUCUGGCCACAGAUGGCCUUUAUCUGUACACUACCAACUCCUAUGGCAAAGGAAUCAGUAAACUUGGCUCAGGGCUCCAAGGCACUUUACGUGGCUUUGUCUACUGCCGCAACGAAGAGCUUGAAGCAGGAUGGAUAGCUUUCAGCAACUGCAGGCUCCUACACCGACCCGCGUCUUUUGAUAACAAACCUCAUUACCUUUUCCAGAUCAUCGAUCAGUUCACCCUCCAGGUGUGCCAAAUAGUGCCCAUGCCAGCAAACCACUUCCCUGUUGGCAGCACCAUGACCACAAUACAUCUCUGCUCAGACGGGACCUACGUCUACUGGAUCUGGUCUCCUGCAGGCCUGAAUGAAAAAACUCCCAAAGGACAUUCUGUGUUCAUGGACGUCUUUGAAUUAUUGGCACAGAACGGGGUCACCGCAGCCAACCCGCUCCACGAGCGAAUAAUCCUGACGAGAAAGGAAGGAGAGUCAUCCAAGUGUCUUAACGAGCUGCUCCUGAGUCGCAUGUCCCGCUUCCGAGCCUCCCAUUCGGCUACUCUGGCUGCGCUCACCGGCUCCACCAUCACCAACACUCUGAAAGAAGAUCAGUCUGCUGUCAACACCAGUUGUGGCCUACCUCUAAAAACGCUGCGGCGGACACCAAUGUACACUUGUGGAACGUAUUUGGUUAUGCUGGUCUCUCCUCCAGGGGGUUCUGGGAGCAGUGGCACACGCUCGCUGUUUGGGGGUACAAGUGGUCUGUCCUCUCUAAAAAUUUUAGCAUCAUCUCUUGUGUUCAACAUUUCCGAUGGUCAGUUUGCAAGCCGUGCCGACCUCAUUGAUGCGCCUGGAAGUUCGCUAGGGCGUGGAGCUCUAGUCACAGGACUCGGUGCCUGUUACGAUGCAAUGAACAAUCUGAUCUGGACCUGUUCAAAUGACUACAUGGACCAGUGGUGUAAUCCAGGGAACCAGGCCUUUCACCAUGUGUGUAAGAGACUCGGAGUGAGCCACGUCAUCACGGAGCCUAAAGAGGACAUGGUGCCGACCAGCGAGGUGAUUAACCAGCUCUUGCACCACGUUGGCGCCAUGUGUAUCCAUCAGCUGAAUAUUCUCGCUGCCAGCAGCAAUCUACCCAUCAGCACCUUUCUGGGGAAGCAGCAUCCAAUCGAGAGCCAGCACUUCAGCAGCAUCUGUGACAUCAUGGAGAAGGCCAUGGUCAACGGGGACACGUGUAUCAUCCGCUGCAUUCUCGUCGUCUUCCAGGUGGUUUUCAAGUUCUUUUUUAACCCUCAAACUGAGAGAAAUCGAGAGAUCGUCCGCCGCGCCGGCCUGUUGCUCUGGCAGCUGUUGAUGGCACCACUUGACCAGAUUGGCGAUGAGAUUCAGAAGGAAGUUUGCCUAGCGAUCAGUGCCGGCUUAAAUUCCUUGUAUCCUGGUGAGGCGGAACUUAACAACUUACUGAAACUGGUGCUGACCGAAGGUGAGAGAAACAGCGGCCUGUCCAGGCUCCGAGAUGUCAUUCUGACUAACCUUGCUGACCAGCUACAGAACAACAGGUUUGGGAGUGAAGACGAUGACACUACAGGUGGGCACAGGCCAGGGCACAGCUGGCUGCACUACAUUUUGAAGACGGUGGUGCGUGAAUCCUGCAUCCUGAUCACCAAGUGCCAAACUGUCGCUAAGGAUGACUUUCAGAAACUCCUGUCUACAGUGCCAGUCGCCUCGCCCAGUCUGCAGUACCUGAUGGCAGUACAGAACCAUUUGCUGAGCAACACAGUUUUAAUAAAACCUGACGAGCACGAUGAUAGUGACAGCUCCCUCCAAGGGGAGACAUUGAAGGUACAGGAACUACAGACUAGCAUCUUGUCACUUGCAACCAAAAUCCUGGUAGGCUGCGAUGAGGUUUUGGAGACUCUGCAGCAGGUCACCACUGCCCUGAUCAACAGUGACAUCUCUGACCGGGAGAACAGAUUGAAAGGCCUUGAACAAGUCACCAAGGCCACAAUGCUGGGUCACCUUCUGCCGGUGCUGCUGACUUCUCUGAUGCACCCCAACUUGCAGACGCUAACCAUGGCAGAUGCCCUGAUGCCUCAGCUUGUCCAGCUUGUGCUGUAUACUAGCCAGACAGCCUUGCUUCUCAAGACUCAGUCUCCCGUGUUCUCCGAGCAGUCUGAUGUGCCAGGUGGAAAAUCUGAGCAGAAAAGCAAAAUCAACAUCUUCGAGGACAACUUUCAUAUCCUAGAAGAAAGGGAAGAGCCUGGUUUCCUAACUGGCUUGAAGAUCCCUGCCCCAUGGGCUGCUGGUAAAACAGUUGAAACUGUCCAUCCUGUUAGAGACAACUACAAGUUCAAAGAGACGGUCCACAUCCCUGGAGCCCGCUGCCUCUACCUGAGGUUUGACCCCCGCUGUUCCUCUCAGUAUGACUACGACAAGCUGGUGAUCUACGCGGGUCCAAACACAAACAGCAGGAAGGUGGCAGAAUAUGGAGGCAACACACUUGGCUAUGGCAGCCGCAGUGUCCUGGGCACAGGAUGGCCAAAGGACUUAGUCAAGGUUGAAGGGGAUACUGUUACGUUUUCGUUUGAGAUGAGAAGCGGCAGAGAACACAACACUCCUGAUAAAGCAAUGUGGGGAUUUUCUUGUACUGUCAGGGCUCAGGAGUCGUCUGAAGACGUGUCGGGAGGUUUGCCCUUCCUGGCAGAUUUGGCUCUUGGCCUUUCUGUCCUUGCUUGCUCCAUGCUGCGCAUUUUAUACAACGGACCUGAAAUCACUCGGGAGGAGGAGGCCUGCCAGGACUUGCUCUGCUCCAAACUCCUGCAGAGGUGUCAGUGGCAGGUUGAAGCCAAUGGUGCAAUAUCGCCAGCACUCACGCCAAGCCCUUCCCCUCUGCCACUAACCAUUGAAGAGGACCGAGAGUUCACCUACCCCUCGGAUGUGCUAAUCCCCCCUUCAGGACCAAUCUCAGGAUGUUACUUUGAUCUUCCACGCAUCCGACUGCCACCUGGUAUCAUGGGAAGACUAAGGGAGAUAUCUGGACGCGCCCGUCCCCAGUUCAGACCCAGCAUCAAGGAAGUCAUUCAGCCAGACGUCAUGGAGGAGGUGAUUGUUUCUUGUGUCAUUAAACACCUGACGCUGAUUGAUGCCUUGCAGUCGCUCAUCAAUUUUCAGUAUCGGGAGGAACACGCGGAGGAGUACGACCUGCUGUGUAAGAUUAUGGCGGAGACCUUCAAAAAGAUCAAUGCCAUGGAGCGGCAGCUGCAGAGCGUGGCUGAGCUUGAGCAGAAGUGGCAGAACGAAGUGGAGGAGGCCCAGCAGGGCAAGCUAGAGAACAACGCUCCGUUCUUCAACGACUACCAUUUCUUUGAGAACAAGAUGAAGGAACUCGAGCUGCUCUGCUCCCUCAAGGAAGUUUCGUUUGAUUGUAGUGACUUGGAAAAUGUGGUUAUGACGCUGAGGGAAAAGUUUUUUCAGGAUGUCACAGUAUUUGUUCAGAAAUCUUCAACGACUUUAUUGAAGACAAAAUCCUUGGUGAAGAGCCUGAUGAACCGGACAGAGCUGCUGUUGCACGUGACCAUCUCACCGCAGUCUAGAAGUGUAUCGGGGACUCCGGCUGACACCCCAGCUUGCAAGUCGGUCUCCGAGGCAAAGCCCAUGUCUCACAGUGUCAAACAGCCAGUUUUCCUGCGCAGUAUGUCUGCACCCUCGGACCUGGAAAUGAUUGCCAAUGAAGAUCUUGAAUUUAACCGGGGUACCCAAAGGAGGCGUCAUCAUGCCACCAGCCACCGCAGCAGUUCCUUCACUUUGCUUCAAUCGCUGACCAUCGAGGACUGCAGAGACAAGCCCACCUACAGUGUCCUUUUGGGACAGCUCUUUGCCUUUAUUGGGACAAACCCGGAUCAAGCAGUGUCUGGCAGCAGUUUUCUCUCCGCGGCGCAGACACGAUGGAGACGUGGGAACACCCGGAGACAGGCCCUGGUGCACAUGAGGGAGCUGCUGACCGCUGCCGUGCGAGUCGGGGGUGUCACUCAUCUUGUGGGUCCUGUCACCAUGGUGCUGCAAGGGGGCCCCAGAAUAGAAGAAUUAACCUGUGGAGGGAUGGUGGAACAAGUCCAGGAGGCCUUCGGAGAGACCAUGACUUCGGUGGUGUCCCUGUGCUCCCGCUACCCCAUCGCCUGUGCGAACAGCAUCGGCCUGCUCUGCACCAUUCCAUACACGAGGAGUGAAGAGAAAUGCCUUGUGCGAAGCGGUUUGGUUCAGCUCAUGGACCGCCUGUGCAGUCUCAGCGGGCAGAGAGAGUGCGGCUCAAACGAGAAGCAGACAAAGAAACAGAGAGUCGCCACCAUGGCUUGGGCUGCCUUCCAGGUGUUGGCCAAUCGCUGUGUGGAAUGGGAGAAAGUGGAAGGGUGCUCCACGGAUGCAGUGCAUUCUGGGUUGGCCCGUCAGGUGUCCAGCUUACUUACCAAUCACUUGGCCCGGGCUACGGACUGCUGUGGCAAUCAGGCAGCUGGAAACGACGCCCUUCAAGACGUUCUAAGCCUCCUCAAUGACCUGUCCAGGAGUCAAAUUGGAAAGGCGAUUCUCAGCCAGCCAGCUUGCGUUUCAAAGCUUUUGUCCCUGCUCUUGGACCAGCGGCCUUCCCCCAAACUCGUCCUCAUCAUUCUCCAGUUGUGCCGAGCUGCUUUGCCCCUCAUGAGCGUGGAGGACUGUGGUAAUGUGGAGCUCCCGCCUUGGAGUUACUCCAUUCAGACUCUGGAUAGUGAUCAGGACGACCCCGGAGAUCCUGCUUCAAAGAUUGCCUCAUUGUUGUUGGCCAAACUAGCGGACUAUGUUGUGCCAGGCUGUCAAACAGUUCUGUCACCCAGUGCCUCCGAGCCGGACACCAGUUUAACUCGAGCCAGUCCCAAAAACUCCUUAAAAAUGGAUAAAGACCUUGGUGAGGAAGGGGAGGCGGUGGAUGGCAAGCUGUCCAUCUUCAUUCACAAAAGAGAAGACCAGUCCUCACAUGAAGUGCUGCAGCCACUUUUGAGCAGUUCAGAAGGUCGGCCAUUCCGCUUGGGUACGGGAGCAAAUAUGGAGAAGGUGGUGAAGAUGGACAGAGAUAUGACCAAGACUGGCUGCUGUGAGGUGAUCACCGAAGAAGCUGCAUCUGCUCUCCGCAAAGCCACCAAAUGGGCCCAGUCUGGACUGAUUGUGAGCGUGGGACCCCCCGUUGAGAUCGUGAGCCAGGAAGCAGCCAGCGGGUUGUCAGUGGGUGAUAAGAAGAAGACGGCGCAGACUGCCGUCUGCAGGGAGAGGAACACGGAGCUGGCCAGAUCAGAUCCUGUCAGGCCUUUCAUCAGCGGCCAUGUGGCUAACAGUAUGGCAGCAGAGGUGAUUGCUUUGCUGCACAGUCUUCUGACGGCACCCGAGUCCAACACGGCGCUCAUCUGGACCAGCACGGCUGAAAAGGUCCUGUCUCGAGCUCUGAUGUUCAUCCCCCAACUUGGAAAAUACGCGGAAAGCAUCUUGGAGAAUGGCAGCAGCAGUGGCAGGAAAUUGGCAAAGUUGCAGGCCAUUGCCCGGCAGGCUGUAGCAGCUCUCUGCGCACUCGGGGGAUUCAAGGAGACCAUUAAGAUUGGCUCGGAGGUUCAGGUGCUGGGUAAAGGAGUCCUGGGCAGCGUGGGGGUGGUGAUGUCGAUCAACGAGCAAGAAGGCAUCGCCAUCGUUAAGUUUCCCUGCUCGGACUACAGGAAGACAUGCAAAGCUUCGGAUGUCUUGACAGUGCCAGUGUCCCGGCUCUGCACCCCGCGGUCCGAGGCCCUCCCGCUCUACAAGCUGUCGAUAACGGAGAAGGUGGUGCAGGCCGUCCAGUCCAUGCUGCUGCCUCAGGAGGGCAGCCUCUCGAUUCAUACGUCGUUGCCAGCCACUGGAGACGGCUCUAGCCCCGUCAUGGCCGUAGUGCGCCUCCUGGCAGAGAUCAGAACAAGGGCGUGUCUAGUGAUGGCUCAGCUCCUGGAGGACAGCUCAUUCUGUGAAGAGUUCAUCCAGCAGUGCCCAGCAGCCGUCGAAGUCCUUAACCUGGUGGCCCAGGAGUGCAGUCCCGGCGAACGACUGGCUGUCGUGGAAGCGCAGUGCGAGAGACUAAGGAUGCUGUAUCGGGACUGCGCUCGGCCCCCUCCGCCUCCUCUCCAGACAGAUCGCCGACAACCCAAAGAGAUCACGUGGUGUCCUUCUCGGGUUUUCCCUCCCGUCCGUGCCUGUAUGUUCUCCUCUCGUCUGACAUCGGUGACCUUCCUGGCUGACCCGAGUGCUGGCGGAGGUCUGCCACGUGGGACCUUUAUCUAUGCUACGUCUCCCGUCCCUGUGCAGGCCCCUUCUUUCUACUGGGAGGUUGAGAUCGUUUCCUAUGGAGACACGGAUGAUGACAGCGGGCCAAUUGUGUCCUUCGGAUUUGCGACGGAAGCUGAGAAAAGAGAUGGUGCGUGGACUAACCCCGUCGGCACCUGUCUCUUUCACAAUAACGGGCGAGCUGUGCACUACAAUGGCUCCAGUUUGCUGCAGUGGAAGAGCGUGCGCCUGGAUGUGGCUCUCGUUCCAGGAGACGUCGCAGGUAUUGGCUGGGAGCGAGCAGAAGGGACUCCACCACCACCUGGCCAGCCCGCCAAAGGCAGAGUUUACUUCACCUACUGCGGUCAGCGGCUCACGCCUUUCCUGGAGGACGUGUCUGGGGGAAUGUGGCCUUUGGUUCACAUACAGAAAAAAAACACCAAAGUUCGAGCCAAUUUUGGAUGUCGCCCUUUUGCUUACGCUGAAGGUCAGGCUCACAGAAAUGCGGCCGAUUUGUGCAUCGACCUCUCAGAGGAGAUCAGUGCUAACUUUGAGGCGCUCCCCUUCGCGAUGGCUUCCGACAGCGACAAUGACGCCGGAGCUAGUGUUGCCUCGGACCCCGGAUCUCAUGGACCUCCUUGCAGGAUAGCAGCUGUUGCCACAAUCCAGCAACAGUAUGACAGUGACUCCUCCUGCCACUACAAAGUUGAGCUGAGCUACGAGAACCUAAUCAUGUCUGGGCCAAAUCUGCAUCCACCUCCAAUCGCAGAUGAUGAGAGUGAUGAUGACGACGAUGAUGAUAUUCCAAGGGAGGACCACUACGCUUUGCUGGUCAAGGCAUGGGAGACAAAGGUCUUUCCAACAAUUCGAAGGAGAUUUCGAAACGAAGCUGAAAGGAAAUCAGGCCUCGAUCAAAUCAAGGGAGCCCUGCAACUGGGUAUGGUGGAUAUCGCUAGGCAAACAGUUGAGUUUCUGUACGAAGAAAACGGUGGCAUCCCUCGGGACCUUUACCUUCCCACCAUUGAGGACAUAAAAGAUGAAGCAAACAAGUUCACUAUUGAUAAAGUUCGCAAAGGGUUGACGGUGGUAGUCAGAUCUCCAGAAAGUAACAAUACCAGCAGCAACACCGGGGGGACAGCGUUGCCAAAAUUUGCUACAAGAGGAAUGAUGAAAACCUUCAGCCUCCAUGGGAUCGUUCUGGAUGUUGACUCGAUGAAUGAACUUGUGCAGGUGGAGACUUACCUGCGUAGCGAGGGGGUGCUUGUACGUUACUGGUAUCCAAUCGACAUGCUGGAAAGGCCGCAAGCCGGAUCCCGACGCACCGCAGCCAAUGGCCUGGUGACUCUGGACAGCACCAACAUCCAAAUACACAGAGAACUGCUGCGCUGUGAGGCGUCUCUCGCCAGGCUGUACUGCCGCAUGGCCCUCCUCAAUAUUUUUGCUCCAAAAUCGCCGCACACCUUCACUCGACUUUUCCAUAUCCCUGCCAUACGGGACAUCACGUUGGAGCAUCUGCAGCUUCUGUCCAAUCAGCUCUUGGCUCCUCCGCUAGCAGAUGGUACAAUAAGCUCCAGCUCCAUUUUACUUGCCCAGUCCAUCCAGCACUGUAUUCAGGGCCAAAACUGCUCCCCUACAGAUCUGUUCUACCAGGGAAAUGCUCAGCCAAUAAGAGAGUGGCUGACAGUCGCCAUAACCCGCGCUUUGCACCAAGGAGAAGAGAGCCUGCUGGACCUGACGAAACAGAUCUGCUCCUUUCUUCAGAACGCCCCAGAACAGUUUCCUUCUGAAGAAUUCCCAGUCAGCGAGUCCAAGAUCAACAUGGACGUCAGCUUCCCCGGGGCAGCGUUUGUGAUUGUGUCGUGCAAGGAGAGUCAGUCGGGCUUCCGGAAAGAACCAUCGGGAGACCACUUACUUUGUCUCGCUUGUGUUGCAGGUGGCUCCUUCAGGCAUUUCCUGUGGCAGGUGUGUAAAGAGCUUCAGAGUUCCUCCCUGUCCCUGCUGCUGCCCUGCCCCAGCUCAGCAGCAAAUCGAAACAAGGGUAAGUUUAUUCUGACGCCCGGCCCGAUCAGCUACGCCGAGGAGCAGCUACUCCAUUUCCUCGGGCAGCUUUUUGGCAUCGCCAUUCGUGCCGAUGUUCCACUCCCAUUGGACCUGUUGUCUUCGUUCUGGAAGAUGCUGGUGGGCGAGGCCCUGGACCCUGACGCAGACUUGCAGGAAGUGGACGUGCUCACUUACACGUACAUCAAAAAGAUCGAGAGUGUGACGGACGAGACGGAGCUGGAGGCUCUUUGUGCAGAGGUGACAUCGCAGCACUACCCCAACGAGAGCCCGGAGUCACCCACAAAGCCCUGCUGCAAGUUCACCUACGUCAGCAUGACGGGAGAGGAAGUGGAGCUGUGCCCAGGGGGCAGGAACAUCACCGUUGGUUGGGAGAAUAAAGACACUUACGUGAUGGCAAUCCGGAACCUGCGCAUGAAGGAGCUGCAGAACGCCGAGUGCAUGAUGGCCGUGCGCGCCGGCCUGGGAGCAAUCAUUCCCCUUCAGCUGCUCACCACCCUGACGCCUCUUGAAAUGGAGCUGAGGACUUGCGGCCUUCCUUACAUCAACCUGGAGUUUCUCAAGGCUCACACGAUGUACCAGGUGGGACUCAUGGAGACGGACCAGCAUAUCGAGUUCUUCUGGACGGCACUGGAAACCUUCACCCAGGAGGAGCUCUGCAAGUUCAUCAAGUUUGCCUGUAACCAGGAGCGGGUGCCCUUCACCUGUCCCUGCAAGGAUGGGGGUCCUGACACUGCUCACGUACCCCCGUAUCCCAUGAAGAUCGCGCCCCCAGAUGGAACUUCAGGCGCCCCCGAUUCAAGGUACAUUCGAGUGGAGACCUGUAUGUUCAUGAUCAAACUGCCGCAGUAUUUCUUGGAUAUUAUGCUAGAAAAACUUCGCUACGCCAUCCAUUACCGAGAAGACCCUCUUAGCGGUUGAGCGUGCGCCAUCUCGUACCCUCGACACCCCCAGCGUAAGCAGCCUGAAGAGUCGCGAGGGUUUUAUUUUUUUUUUCCUUCUGAAAUACUGAAGUGCUUCCUCUCAACAGCAGACAGGUGAGGGCACUGGCCGCCAGGGCGCCCUUGCAGGACAUGGACGCCAACUGAAAAGUAGGCAACGCAAGGGGGUCCAGCACGUCGUACGACCCUUUUAUCGAAAUAAAAGCAAGCGUUUUUGUUUUUUUUUUUAGGGUUGCUUUUAUGUUUUCUUUUUUAUUAAAACAAGAGAAGAGACGAUGCACGUGCGGACGAGACAUGACGUCACUUUUAUCCCUCUCCCGUCUGUCUUGUAAACGUUAAGGCAACUCGAGGAUGUUCUUGUGGAAGGCUGAUGGACCCCCCCCCCCACCCCGAUAGUUACGAACUGGAAAAACGAGACAAACCAAGACACUCCCACGUCAUUUCAGCUUGUAGCUUAGAGGCUGGAAACGUUUUAAAGUAUUUGAAAAGUCAAUAAGCACAUCAUUAAUUGUUACAACCGGAACCAACGCAAAGGACGUGCGAGAAACGGGCACCUGCUGCGGAGGUGGGUCUCUCCUUUUUUUUUUUUUUUGAUUUAAUACUCUGGUAACUUUGCACCUGCACCAAAAAGGGACUUGAAGAAGGUAGGUCAAUCGAAAUGAAGGAGAGUUUGGAGUCACUUGCACCGUUCAGGGGGCCGCGUGCUUGUUAAUAAUUCAUCACAUCCGGCGACAAGUCCAUAAAAAGAAGAUCCGGCGAGCCCACGUAAUUUAUUAAUAUUCUUAUUGUUUGCCCUCCUAUAACAGCGUUUGGCAGAUUUGUUUCUUGUAGUCUGAAUUGCACUUCGGACUUUUAUGUUUGGUUUCUUGGUUCUGAGGGCCGGACAGGCCAGUUUGUUGUUACAAAGCCGUUCGAGCCCCCCCUAACACUUGGUACUGAAUGACCCCGUGGGAUCAUUACUUCCUUUGACGGGCCCUUUCUUUUAAAUACUUUUUAAUUGUCUGCCACCUAGUGGCGGCACUUGGGCCGCGGUUGUUACAUUUGUUUUUUUUUUUUAUUAGCCUAACUUGUUCACGUUUUACGUUGUCCCUUCUCCAAGUCUGAAGAGCGGCCCUGGGCUCCACGGACCUGCCCGGUUGUGUAUUUGGUGCCACCUCGAGAAGAGACUGCUUGUAAAUAUCGUGGCGCGAGCGUGCGGACGACUUGGUUUUCAGUGUUGGAUAGAGAGAGCUGCGUCGAGGUUAACUGCUGCUAAUAAAAAAAAAAACCUCCUCUUCCCCGAAGAGGGCAAAUUUAGGAGAAAAUCUGAAAGGACAUAUCCACACACUUGGGUGUUGAAAAAUGUGUGCUGUACAUUUACUUGACGAGAAAUAUUUAUUACAGUUAUUUAUGGUUGCAUUUAACUUUUCCUCUCCUGUAUGCAUCUGUACCUAACACCUUGAUGUUUGAAUGGAUUCUUCCGAGAAAAAUAAAACAGAUUUCUGUGUCACAACAAUAAAUUGUCUUAAUGAAAA